UCGGCAGAACUCAUACGGGUGGUUCUGUAAUUCAGGUAGUGCUCGUAAUUGCACUGUGUAAAUGUUUAAUUUAAUAGUGAUAGUUCAUUUGCCUUUGAAAGUGUUAUAUACAAGUUAAGAGAUUUAUUAGAAUACUUACAAACGAUAUUCAAUGUGAGUUCUGUGCUUUCACAAGAAUUGCAGUACUUUCCUCUGGUUGGAAACAAGAAUUCAGUCAUGGCUACUGUUGGAAGUGGUCGCAAAAGAGUUACUGAAAAAUUGUAUUUUACUGAAGAUCAAUCUCUAGAUCACAUUGCUUAUGAGGCAGAAGCCAGACUAGCAGCUCGAAGGCAAGCUCGUGCAGAGGCCAGAGAAAUCCGAAUGCGAGAGUUACAAAAACAACAACAGGAGGCAGAUCAACAAAGUGAUAAAUAUUAUGAUUUGCCCAGUGAUCCUGUACGAGGGAGGCCUGGCCGAGAGGGAAGAUCAUCAUCUUUUAUUUCCAGUACAUAUUCCUAUACAAGUUCGAGACGGAGCAGCGAAGAUUCCACAGACGCUGUUGAUAAUUCUAGAGAAUUAAGACAUCAGUUACAAGACAUAGAAGAAAAAUUCAAAAAGGCCAUGGUUAGUAAUGCCCAGCUGGACAAUGAGAAAUCCUCUCUCAGCUAUAAUGUUGAAACCUUAAAAGAUGAAAUAGAAGAACUGGAAGAAAAUUUAGCUCAGAUAAGGAAAGAUUACAAAGAGAAAUCAAGGGCAUACGAUCAGCUAACUAGGGAUUCUAAAGAAGUAAAAGAAGAAAUUGUAUUUUUAAAAGAAAGCUUAAGACGAAGAGAUGAUUUAAUAGAGCAACAUGGGCUGAUUUUGGUGGGAGGAGAAGAAACUGUAAUGAAUGGAGAUGAUAAUUGUAGCAGUUCCAGAAGCACUCCAGACAGUUCAGCUCAGAAAACUGAGAACAAAUCUAUUUUGGUUUCUCAAGAAGUUGCUCAUCUUUUAGGAAAUACUGGAGAAGGUUCAUUAGAUCUACUAUUAAAACAGUUUGCAGAAGAAAGAGUAGAGCUAGUAGACAAAAUACAUAGGUUGAAACUUGAUUUGGAAGAAGAAAAGCAAAAAACAGCCAAGUUGGAGCAGUUAACAUUAGUACAUGAUCCACAAUCCAACGGUCCUGAAACAAACCUUCUAGAGGUUCAAAGAGAAGUAAAUAAACAAGUCAGUGACUAUAAAUUUAAACUGAAAAAAGCAGAGCAGGAAAAUUCAACAUUACAAAGUAGUGUAUCUCGUUUGGAAAGCCAAGUUAUAAGGUACAAGACAGAAGCAGAAAAUGCUGAAAAAUUAGAGGAUGAACUAAAAGCUGAAAAGAGAAAACUUCAAAGAGAAGUUCGAGAAGCUCAGACCAGAAUUGAAGAGCUUGAAACUGCAAAUGCUCAUCUUCAGAAGAGAAUGGAUAAGCUAAAAUCAACAAGAAAUGCCAUUACUAAAUGAGCCUUGAAUAUUGUUAAAAAAGAUUCAGAUGCCAGUUGUUGAUAAAUGAUUGUCAAGAAGAUUAUAUCUGUACAUACAUAAAUGAAAAUGUACUGGUUUUCUUUGUUUUCUAACUUCCCAAGAUUAUAUUAAUUUCACUGACAUCACAUCUCGGUUAUAUGUAUUCUUCAUCUUACAGUAUAUAUAUAUUUUAAAAGGAUUAAAUUUCUAUGACAGGUUUGAAUAUCUUAUGUUGUGGAAACUGUCAUGGAUUAGCAAUCAAAAAAUGCUUCAGGAAGGAAUUUCGUUUUUUUUUUAUUCCAUUCUGAGUAAUAUAAUAAGUUUGGUGCAAAUCAGAUCAGUAUAUGCAAAGAAUAAUCAAACACAUGGGGUAUUGUUUGGGGUUUGUUGUAUUAAAAGUAUUGGUUUGCUGUUGCUUCUGAUGAAAGAUGUUUUUUAUUCAUUCAUCAGUUCUAAAUUUUGAAAUGUACAUGUAUAUUAUUAAUCCAACAAUGGGCUGAGCGUGGUCUAGUACUUAGCAUGCCAUGCUGCAGACCUGAAGGCUCAAGCUGUGAUAUGCUGCUGAACACGCUCCUUACAUUUGGCUCUGUGUGUGUGUCUGUAUAUAUAUAUAUAUACACACACACACUAAUACAUAAAUGUAUGUUUAUUAAGUUUACUUAAUAUUAAAACUGGGCUUCAAUGAACCUGUUUUUGACCAUAAGUUUAUAUUUUAAAGCUGGAUAACUUUUCUCUUUCAGCUCUAAGUAUCAGAGGUGCAGUAUGCAUUCUUUUUUUUUCACCAGGAAAGUUAGCAGGUUUAGCUUUUGAAGAAGUAUUCUUAAAUAAGUGUUAAGGAUGCUUCUUGAAUUACACAGUGUGGUGCUAUUACUUUAAAAGAUUCACUACAGGUAACAUAAUAUUAAAAUUUGAGGUUAGUUUGAGCCUCCCAGAAAUUAAUCUAUCCCAAGAACCAGGUUUUGAUAAGUGUAUGUUGUGCAGACUAAACUUGUUGCAUAGUAGCUCUGAUAGGUACAUAAAUAUAAUUGAAAUGUCUUCAUAUUUUAAUUUCUGAUAAUAAGAAUAUCCUCAAUGAAUACAAUUAUUUUUAAAAUUACUUUUUAAAUGUACUUAUAGAAAUCUACAUUAGCACCUCACAAAAAUAAUUCUGCAUUCCUUAGUCAUCUGGAAGUUUAAUGCAACUCCUAGUUUUUUCAUUAGUUUUUUAUGUAUUUUCAGACAGUUUACUAUUCAUAAAAUAAACUUUAAGCAAUUUUUAUUUUUCUACUUGUGUCAUGUUAGGCUUAAUUUAGAAUAAUAUUUUUAAGACAAUUGUAUGUUGAAAUCAGUAACAUUAUGAUAGUGUUUUUUUAUUAGUAUCUAGCUUAUUCCAGUUGAUUGUUCUUAAUAUAACAAAUCUAAUGAAUCCAAACCACGUUUUUCAACAAGAAUACAAAAUUGCAGUAUUCAUAGUUACAUUUCAAACAUUCUUCCCCAUUUUUUUAUUUUUUGACUGAAAGAACAAGUUCCUACAAGUUGAGUCUCUAUGGGAGUCAGCAGUAAGUUUAUCAACUCACAAAACUGAAAUCUGGGGCUCUAUUUCCCAUGAUGGAUAAAACAAAACAUUCUACAAUUUGAAGGGUUAUUCAUUCCAAUUGAGGAAAGUUGUUGGUAGAUUUGAUUAUUUAUACAACAUUGCCAACUGUAACAGCAGUGUGUGAUAUUGUUCACAGACAAAUGAAACAAAUACUUGACAUUUUCUUCAAAGAAAUUGUAUAAACAUCUGUGUAGGUUUUGUUUUUAAAUAAUUCUAGGUGAGAGUCUUGUUAAUUUGGCAUCUGAAACAUGUUAAGUUUUUUGAAUGAAAAGGAGGACCAAGUAUAUUAAAAAUAAAAACUUGUGAUAGCUCAAACAGUAUUUUAUUUUGAACUUUUUUUUAUAAGGAAGAAGUUAGUCCUUUAUUAAACCUCUUAAAAUGGCAUUAUUUUAAUAUCAUGGGAAUUAUGCUUGAAUUUUGAUUAUGAUUUGUAAUUUCUUUUGAAAAUUAAGGUGUAAACCAUUUGAAGCUUGUCAAAUAUAAUUCAAGCACUUUGGCUCACUUAAUUAUCAACAUGUGAGUAAAGCUUAACAAAAAGUGUUUAUUUGGAUGUUAAUUUAUUAAAGUUUUUAAAAGGUUUUAACUUUGAAUCUUGCUGUAUAAAACGAAGUUGUAGAAAUUACUAUCAAUUUUGUGCCUUUGUUUUUCCUAAACUUUCCUGAUUGAAUCAUGGCUGAAUAUUGGCUUGUGAAGCAUGUGAAGUGCCAAUUGAACCAAUUUUUCUGGAUGCUGAGCCUCCGAUUAAAUAUAUACUAUGUUGUAAUUGAAUCAUUUUUAUUCAUGUGAUUAACUAGCUUGGCUCUGUAGAGCAGAGACAUUUUUAAUAAAUAAUAUGUGUAUCAUAUGUAAUUUCGUUUUUGAAACAGAGCUCUACAAUAAAUAGGGCAUCCAUUAUUGAGCUCUCAUCUAACACCAGACUGUUUAGUCAACUUGUCUAUUUAUUUAGAGAGCUUAUAAAUAAACAUUUGAAUAUUUCGUUGAUUCAUUACUUUGCCAGAAAGUCUUUGUACUUACUUGUGUAAUAUCAAGAGAUUUUAAUGUUUGUAAAUUGUUAACUUCAUUGGAGUAGUCAGAAACCUUUGGGACUGAUCUGUGCUGUAGGUAUAGAAAUUAAAUAAAUGUUUUAGAUUAAUGGAUCUUAGCUGUUUUAUUUAAGUUACAAACCUGCAAUAGUGUCAUAAUGUUUGGUUACUUCUAAUACAACUUGCAUAUUUUACAUGUUUCAUUUGAAUAAAGGUUAACAAUUGUAUCCUUACUGUACUAAAGAAAGUUAUUGUCUUCAAAGAAGAAACCGUUUUCUGUAGAGAAUUAAGUGGUGUCAACUAUGUGUAGUUCAGGUUCAUUACAAGUUAAACAUUAGAGGCAGUGCCUUUCUUGACUGUACUAGCACUAACUGUUAAAUUUGGGGAAAAUGUAUCACAAAUAAAAAUUAUUAGAUGUAUAGUUUGAAAA